AUGUGCCUGAAUAAUAUGAUGAGACAUAAGUUGAAAGACCUUCCUUUUAAUAAUAUUUUUAUAAGUACCGAAUCUUAUUCAAAAUGUGAUAUUCAGUGGGAUAAACUAACAACAGUAGAGUGGGCACAAUUUUUUGACAGUUCAAUACUUGAAAAUAAUUAUUCCAUUUGGUCUAAAGUAUCAGAAUAUAAAGACGCGGGGAACAAUUACGUAUUUUCAGAGCUUUCAAACUAUGCCUUAACUUGCUUGACGCUACCUUCGAGUAAUGCUGCAGUCGAAAGAGCGUUCUCAGUAAUGGCGGCUGUGAAACCAAAGUGCAGAAAUGGAAUGCAGAUAAAGAUGUUGAACGCAAUUUUAAGAUUUAGGUUAGAUUUGUAUUCUAAAAACGUUUGUUGCAAAAAUGUUUGUUCUACUGAGCAAAUGUUUAAAAAAUUUAAUUCCAAAGAAGUGUACGCGUGUGAUGUUAAUGAUGCUAAUAUUUUAGAGAUUUUUGAGCUGUUGCAAUAA